AUGGAGGAAGAUCUGGUGCGAGCCAGGAGCAUGGUGUACGAGGGGGACAUAGCAGCGCUGCUGCCGCACAAGGCCAACGGCUUCUUCCUGUGGCUGUUCCUGGGCCAUGUGAAUGUGCGCUCGUCUCGCAGGGACGUGAGGUUCAAAGUCAAGGAGGAGUACAACAGCUACAGGGAUCGCACGGCGCUCAUCUUUCUCGGCGCGCCGCUGCUGCUGCUGGCAGCCAAGCAGGCCAUGAACCAACGCUGUCUGCCAGGCCUUGUGGUGCACGUGUACCAGGCGUGGCUGCUGCUGUUCUACACGAGCCUGGCUCUGCGGGAAAACAUUCUUCGCAUCAACGGCAGUGACAUCCGCCCAUGGUGGAUCUACCACCACUACUACGCCAUGCUCAUGGCCCUCGUGAGCCUCACUUGGGGCAUUGAGGGACCGGACUGUGCCAUGAAACAGCAAGGCAUCAUGCUCUUCCUCAUGUGGGCGGUCAUCCAAGGCGUCGCCAUGCUGCUGCAGAACCGCUACCAGCGCCGCCGCCUCUACACCAGAAUAGCGCUGGGGAAGGCAGGGCAGAUGGAUGUGGUAUGGGGGGAGACAGCAGGCAUGAAGGGGCAACUCGUGCUGCUCUACCCGCUCCUCUUCAUUCUUCAGUUCUUCCAGCUCUAUAUCGGCGUGCGCCUGCUCCGCACAUCACUCUACGAGAUGUUUGAGUGGCAGUCGAACGAGAGCUCGGUGCGCCCUUCUGCUCUUCCUUUCCCUCUCGCGCGCUCGUCAUUAACUUGGUACUGCGCGUCGGGCGACGAGUGCGUGAGCGGCGACCAGCUGUGCGACGGCACGGCGGAUUGCGGCGACGAGAGCGACGAGCUUCCGUGGGAAUGCGGGGGGUUCGAGGAUGGCUGCACUGAUGGGGUGAUGCCCUGUCCUCUCACAUCCAUCGCCGACGCGCCUUGGUGCUUCGACCCCGCAACAGCGUGUGACGGCAAUCAAGACUGCCCCUACGGCGCCGACGAGUGGCCGGGCUUCUGCCUCGACCUGAAGAGUUCCUUCGACUGCCCGUAUUCUCCGAACCAAGUGCUCUGCCCCGGGAAACAAGCCUGCGUGUCAGGUAUGGUAUGCGACGGCGUGGCUAACUGCGCUGCGGUGGCGGCCGAAGGGGGAGGAACGGUUGUUCCGGAUGAGGAUAAGGAUUACUGCUCGGUGUACGGGUGUCCAGAGGGGUACUGGAAGUGUUCCAAUGAGGUGCAGUGCAUAGAUGAAACGCUCAAGUGUAACGGCAAGGCGGAUUGCAAGGACGGGAGCGAUGAGAAGGGCUGUAGUGUUUCUUCUGGGAGCGGUGGCAGUGGCAGUACGACCCCCCCUCCAGUUGUAACGACUCCCCCUCCAGCUGUAACGACCCCUCCUAACGAUGCAACUGGUGGAGGGACAGGGGGGACGUCUGGCGGGACAUCUGGAGAUGAAACGAGUGGAGACGGGUCGGGAGAUGAAACGGGAGAUGAUACCAGCGGGGAUGGUGGGGAAGAGGGAACGGGGGAUGAGACGGUUGGAGAUGAAACUGAGGGUGGUGAUGGUGCUGCUGACGGAACGGGGGGAGAUGAAACCGACACGAGUGGUACGGCGGACGAAGCGGAAGGGGGGAACGCAGCUGGUGCGGGAGAGGGAGGACAAGGGGGAACCGGAGGGGGAGGGGGCGGAGGGGGAGCGGGAGGAAAAGGCCAAGGGAAAGGAGCAGAUAAACCGCCACCAUCUCAAGACCACCCUCCUGCCAAGAAGAUCCUGCCUGUCAUCCCUCCUGUCCCAGGGUCAAUUGGGAAGGCUCUUGGCGAUGCAAGCAGUUCAGUCAGCAAUGCAGCCCAGGGUGCAGCGCAGAAGGUCGGAGAGGUUUCAGCAGGAAUGAAGAAGCUUAUAACGGAGCGCAAUGUGAAGAAGGACGGGAAGAAGCCCAAGCAGCCGGGUUCAGGGUCGAAUGGGAAUGCUGGGACCGGAUCAGGCGGUGCUUCAGGUGGUUCUUCAGGUGGAAACGCUGGUGGGGCUGGUACUGACGUGGCGCACACCACACCUGAAUCUAGCUCUACUCCCAAAACCCCUAGUGCCACUGGGGGAACAGGAGGCAGCAGCAGUAGCAGCAGCAGUGGCAGUGUGAAGGCUCCACCGGUGGGUGCUCUGGUGGGGGAGGUACUAACUAAGGCAGGUGCGCAGGUAGAUGCGUUGAGGAGAGCAGUAGAUGCAGCAAGUAAGAACGGGGUGGGGCUGGGGAGGAAGGGGAAAUCGGGUGGUGGGGCAAGAGGAGGGGUUAUGAAACCUGUUACCGGGGUCAGGGGAGCUGUUCAGGGUGCUGCUCAGGUGAAGAAGCUGCAGCAGAAGGUUGCUGCGGGUUCAGGUGCUGCCUCAGGUGUCGUCCUGAGUGGGAAGGGCAAGAUGAACACGCAGAGUAAGGCGAAGAAAGGAAAGAAGAAGGAUGUGAAGAAAGGGGGACAGAAGCAGAAGGCAAAGAACCACCAGAGGUCAAGGAAAGGUUGA